AUGCACGAUCACACUCUAUACCCAUUAGAUCUGCACAUACUUAGUAUUAAACAUUACAAUGAGUUUUGUUCCCUCAACGGUGUUGUUCGCGAUCAUCCCAAAAGGGUAAAGCGCGACGGGCAAAAGAAUCGCGACCUCGCAUCUCCAACAUCUCGCAUCCUUCCCCCCAUCUGUCAUCCUCCCACCACCGUUUCGGUGCUUAAUUUCUCCAUAAUGCAAGCUCCAAUGCAGCAACAUUAUGCUCGGGCCAUGCCCCCAAAUGCACAGCGAUCUCCAGCCGCCCCCCGUCGCCCCCCAGGGCCAGGUGGCGCAAUGCCUGUUUCGAUGCCACAGCACGCUGUUGCUCAACAGUACAUGCCUUCACGGCCCAUGCCACACCCCAACGAUGCUGCCCUUCGGCGCAGCCGCAAGCCGACCGACAAAAAUCUCCCCGAUAGUAUUGAAGACGUGAUCAUUGGCGAGGGUGUUCAGCAAUAUAAGAACCUUCGCGACUUGGAAAAGCGAUUGGAUGCCGCUGUUGUGCGGAAGAGGCUGGAUAUCCAAGACUCCAUCAACAAGACCGUCAAGAAAUAUCGGACUAUGCGCAUCUGGAUCUCUAAUACUGUCGAAAACCAGCCAUGGCAAGGUCCGGGUAACAAUCCAGGCUCCGGCCGCUACAAAGUGCGCAUUGAAGGACGGUUGCUGGACGAUGAGACCGACCCUACGGUUCCCAAUGAUGACGAAAAAGACGAAGAUGAGAUGGACUAUGACGAAACCGAAGACAAGGCGAAGAAAGCCGAAUCCAAGAGCCAGUCCCAGCGUUUCUCGCAUUUCUUCAAGGCUAUCACCAUCGACUUUGACAAACCUGUCUCGGCAAUCCCCGAGGAGGUCAAGCCGGUUAACUGGUCUAAACCAAACACACUCGCCAAUACACCAGCGCCCCCGGGUGUUGAAUUUGAUAGUCUGCAGUUCUCCCGAGCCUCACAGGACAAUCUGAAUGUCACUAUCAGCCUUGUCCGGGACGAAAUUCCAGAGCGAUACAAGCUGAGCAAGGAGCUAGCCGAGGUUCUGGAUGUCGAAGAGGAAACUCGGAGUGGAAUUGUUCUCGGAAUCUGGGAUUACAUCCGCGCCAUGGAGUUGCAGGAAGACGAGGAGAAGCGCCAAGUGCGCUGUGAUCACCGUCUACGCUCAAUCUUCGGCCGGGAGCAAAUGUUCUUCCCCCAGAUCCCUGAAAGCGUCGGUCCUCACACCAGCCCAAUGGAACCAAUUAAGCUUCCCUACACCAUUCGUGUCGAUGAAGAGUUCCACGCUGACCCGACGCCAACAAUCUACGAUAUCCAGGUCGCAGUUGAAGACCCGCUGCGCACCAAGAUGAUGGCUCUCACUCAGAACCCGGCGUACACAACUAGCCUACGCCAGAUCUCCUCGCUUGAUGACCAAGUUGCUUUGAUUGUGCAGGCCCUUACACACUCCCGUGCCCGCCACUCAUUCUACACUGCUCUGAGCAAGGACCCAGCCAACUUUGUUCGUCGCUGGAUCAGCUCUCAGCGCCGCGACCUCGAGACUAUCAUGGGUGAAGCCACUCGUGGAGGCGGUGAGGAUGGUAGCGGACCUGAAUUCCGUUAUGGCGGCGUUGAUGGCCCUUGGGACUCUGAAGUUGCCAAGGAAGCUGUGCGGUACAUGCUGGCUAAACCCGAAGCUGCGGCUGCUCGGUAG